GCACAACGCGUUAUCUUUAUCUCACCGGAGGGUAACUGGCGGCUUCAGGCCGACGGCCGAGACAUCGAGGAGGAAGUUACACCGGGGCCGAGGGGAAAGCAGCCACCUGAGGAAUCCUGCGCGGUGCUAUUCCAGAAACUUCUCAGUAGUUUCCUCCGCUCCUCGCGUGGUGUCGGGAGAGAGUCUCUCCCCGCGGGACCCAGGAACAUGUCCGUCCAAACGAACCGCACGACGAGGACCACCUACCGGACCGUGAACGUGGUGGCCUCCCCGGAGCCCGUGGCCAGCACGGUGACCUCGAGCUACCGCACCGUGAACGUGGCCUCCCCGGAGCCCGUGGCCAGCACGGUGACCUCGAGCUACCGCACCGUGAACGUGGCCUCCCCGCAGCCCGUGGCCAGCACGGUCACCUCGAGCUCGCCGGUGUCCCCGGUGCAUCCCCUCCCGCUCAACGGCUCCUACGAGGGUCUGCGCUACCUGGUCCCGAUGCAGUCGCAGCCGCAGCUGCAGCAGCUGCAGUACAUCCCGGUGCAGCAGCAGCAGCAGCUGCAGUACAUCCCGGUGCAGCAGCAGCAGCAGCAGUACGUGUUCAUGCAGCAGCAGCCCAUGAUGCAGCAGCAGGUGGUGUCGCCCGUGUACAUGCAGAGCCUCCCGCGGGUGAGCGCCAGCAGCCAGGAGUCCGCGGACCUGGUGUUCCAGCAGCAGAGCGCGUACGAGAGCGUCAGCGGGAAGUCGUCGGUGUUCAGCCAGUCGUCGAAGAGCCCCGAGCCGAGCGCCGCCGAGGAGGAGGAGGAGGAAGAGGAGGAAGAAGAGGAGGAGGAGACGGUGGAGCUGGAGGAGGUGGAGAUCGUCCACGUCAUUCAGCAGAAGCCGCCGCCCGUGGCGGUCGAGAGGAUCUCGCGGUCGGAGGUGCGGCGGACCGAGCUCCGGGAGAUCCCGCAGCCGACCAAGUUGGACACGCGCUACUUCGGGGAGCUGCUGGCCGAAGUUUACCGGAAGAACUGCGACAUCCACUCCUGCAUCUCGGAGCACGUGUCCAAGAUCCGCGGGCAGAAACACCAGCUGGAUCCAUCCAAUGACUACAAGGUGGAGAAGGAGGAGGUGGAGGCGUCGCUGCCCAAAGGAGCCACAGAACUCACCAAACAACAGAUCCGCUACCUGCUGCAGACCCGUCUCACGGCCGAUAAGAGCAUGCGUCUGCUGCUGUCCACCUUCAGCAGCCUGAGGGAGGAGCUGCUCCACAUGUCGGAGGACCUGCGGCGUCUGGAGGAGGAGAAGGAGUCUCUGGAGAGAGACCUGAGCUUCAAAGCCGACCAGGCGCAGCAGUACGACUGCCUCCUGGUGACCGUCCGGGAGAACAACAGGCAGCUGCAGGUGUCUCUGAAGGAAACCAGCUCCGCCCAGCGCUCCCUGGAGAGCCAGCUCAUGGGCGCCCAGAGCAACGACUCCAGCCGCGACUUCAAGCUCAAAGAGGUGGAGGGCCGGAUGAGGGUGCUGGAGAAGGAGAACGAGAUGCUGCGUCAGAAGCUGGCGGGUCAGGGCAGCAGUACCACGCUGCACCUGAAGACCGAGGAGCUGUCCCGUCAGUACAAAGACCAGCUCAGCUCCAUGAAGCAGGAGAAGGACCAGGAGAUCCAGAGGCUGCGGAGCCAGAUCACGAGGGUCCAGACGGAGACCACCAGCACCAGCAGUGAGAAGUCGUCCUCAGAGAAAAGUCUCCACCUGAAGAUCUCUGAGAUGAUCUCCAUGCUGGAGAUGCGGCAGACGACCAUCAACCGGCAGCAGGAGGAGAUCAAGAAGCUGAUGCAGGUGAAGAACGACAGCUCCAGUAACCAAGUCACCAAAACCAUCAUCACCAACAGCUACAGGAACCGGUACCCGCUCCUUGGUCUGCUGGGCGACGACUACCUGAGCAACUCGCCCGUCCGCGAUACCAAGACCAUCGUCAUCGAGAGAAGUGAGCAGAAGAUGGUCCGGCAGUGAGCAGGAAGUCCUUUCCACCCCGUAAAGACACACUGCUUCUCCCCGAGAUUGAACGAUAAGAAGCCCCACAUGCUCCCCCCCCCCCCAUCCUCAGGGCUCCCACGGGUUGGUGGCGGUUAAAUGGUUCUAAAUGGAAUAUAAUAUGAUUUAAGUAUGUUUUCUUUAGUCUGAAAGUAAGAAUUGUUGUGUUUUCUGUAACGUUAGAAUGAGCUGUUUAUAUCUACGUCCAUAAAGUUUAAGUUUAAAAGAGUGGGUCCUUAUGUGAUGGACUAAGUUUAUCAAAACACAGCCUCGACUGAGGGGCUUCCACAUCGUCCUCCGCGAAGGAGCCGGCACACUGAACCUCUCAGUGAGGGUCGACCCGCGUGUCCUCUGUCCUAAACUGGCUGCUGAUUGGCUGUCGCAUGAUCUAAAUACCUCGGGGGAAAUCAUUAAAUACGAAAUGGGUACGAGGUUGUUUUGAAAUAAAAGUUGAGUCUAAAUUGAACUCGUCUGACUCGUUGCCUGCAAACGAAUCAAGAAACGUGUGAUUCUGUGAGUUAAAUCUCUCUGUUGACUAAACUAGUCAACAAAACAACUUGUUAAUAAGUUUAGUCAACAAACAACUUGUUAAGUUUAGUUAACAAAACAACUUGUUAAUAAGAUUAGUCAACAAAACAACUUGUUAAGUUUAGUUAACAAACAACUUGUUAAUAAGUUUAGUCAACAAAACAACAUGUUAAGUGUAGUUAACAAAACAACUUGUUAAUAAGUUUAGUCAACAAACAACUUGUUAAGUGUAGUUAACAAAACAACUUGUUCAUAAGUUUAGUCAACAAAACAACAUGUUAUGUUUAGUUAACAAAACAACUUGUUAAUAAGUUUAGUCAACAAAACAACUUGUUAAGUGUAGUUAACAAAACAACUUGUUCAUAAGUUUAGUCAACAAAACAACAUGUUACGUUUAGUUAACAAAACAACUUGUUAAUAAGUUUAGUCAACAAAACAACUUCAGUGUAGUUAACAAAACAACUUGUUAAUAAGUGUAGUCAACAAAACAACUUGUUAAUAAGUUUAGUCAACAAACAACUUGUUAAGUUUAGUUAACAAAACAACUUGUUAAUAAGAUUAGUCAACAAAACAACUUGUUAAGUUUAGUUAACAAAACAACUUGUUAAUAAGUUUAGUCAACAAAACAACUUGUUAAGUAUAGUUAACAAAACAACUUGUUAAUAAGUUUAGUCAACAAACAACUUGUUAAGUUUAGUUAACAAAACAACUUGUUAAUAAGUUUAGUCAACAAACAACUUGUUAAGUGUAGUCAACAAAACAACUUGUUAAUAAGUUUAGUCAACAAACAACUUGUUACGUUUAGUUAACAAAACAACUUGUUAAGUGUAGUUAACAAAAUAACUUGUUAAGUUUAGUCAACAAAACAACUUGUUAAGUGUAGUUAACAAAACAACUUGUUAAGUUUAGUCAACAAAACAACUUGUUAAUAAGUUUAGUCAACAAAAUAACUAGUUAAUAAAAGGUUGAGUUAAAUCAACAUAACUGAGUGGUAGGUUUAGGAAAAGUUAAUUAUUUGAGUGAACGUCACUUGUUCCGUGAGCCGCUGUUAGUCGAGUUGGUUUAAUCCGACCUCACUGGAGAACUCGCGGUCAGGAGAGAAACCUAAAGAACUUGUUUCCACGUACGAGCGCUCGGGUUCCAUCGCCGGCUGACCGCUUCACGCGCUCCCGACGGGGCCCCCUGCAGACCAAGGGCCUCCACUGGUUCCUCACGCUGAUCCCUCCUGAAAGCCUCCACAGCCAAGCUCCCCGAGGGAGGAGGGCGUGCUCCCCCCACCGCUCCCCUGCAUGUACAUACGUAUAUUUAUAGAGAUAACUAUUGUAAGACGGGCAGCCCUCCUGCUUUUAUGCACAUUUAGAAAAAAAAGUUAUAUUUUGUGGUUUUGUGCUAAAUGCUAGUUGUUGUUGUUGUCGUCUCUCCACUGUUUUUGUUUCAUGAUUUGAUGCUGGUACGUGUCAGUGGGUGUUUGUGUACUACAGAGAGGGAAGGCUUCAUGGCUGUGAUGCUUCAUGGUGGGUGGAAGGAGGGUUUUAUGGUUUUAUGGUUUAUUUUCUUACGAAGGUGGAAGAAAAAGUUAAAGCACAAUAUUUAGUGUUUUCUCUGUUCAGUAUUUUUACAUAAAAGAGGCAUGUCGACAGCUUUGUGUCCACCUUUAACUUUUAAUAUUUACCUCGGUAUUCAACCCUCCUGUUGACACAGAUCGGACAUUUUCUCUAUUGUGAAGUUGUUCUUUUUACACACACUUUACUUUUAAGAAGUGUCCGCUGGGCGUCGCUUCAUCCCAGCGUUGUGUUCACAGAUCGAGGUUCCAGUCUGUUCUCACGAGGCUGUUUGAGGUCUAGGACGGAAACAUCUGUUUGCUUUUUUAAAAAAAGUGUCAGAUUUUUUUCUGGAGGUUUUCUGCACGAACACGGAAGAACCCGCUCGGAGAAACCCGAGCCGAGGGCUCGCAGUGCGGCCGCGUGCUCUGCAGCCGGUUCGACAGGCUGCAGGUGAAAGUGUGUUUAAAUACUUAUUCAACAUUCCCCUCCCGACAUGUGACCGACACCGCCGACGGGAACGAGCUGCCCAGAGGACGCCGAGCUGAGUCUCUGUGGAAAGCCUGUCGACGCGCUUUAAGCGUCUCGGGGGCCUCAGGGGCCUCGGGGGCCUCGGUGUGCCCGCCUGUUGGCGAGCGCCAUCAUUUGGCCACGUGGCCCAAAUCUGGAAACUCUGAACAUUGUUUUUUGCAGAAAUUGUUGCCGAAAUAAUUUGCAUUGGCCGUCCAUCUCCGAGGAGACCAAAAUCCUGCCGGCUUGAGAAUAAAUUGUACGCAGAGUUAAAUGAAUAUUUGAAAAGAUGUCUCUAAAUGUGUAUUUUUGUUGUUUUUAUGUUGCAAACAGUUUUGUUUUCCAGUUCUAGAGGUUGUGGCCCUCGUCCUGACUGCUUCAGAUAGAUUGUGAAUAAAAUCCAAAAAAGUUUAUUUGCAAAGA